AUGUCGAGUCUGCUAUCCUUUGCACGCGCCGGGCCUGCGCACCGAGCGCCGCGCGAUGAGGAAGCUGCCAUCGACCCCUCCUCCAGCAACGCACACAGCGGCCGACGCUGGUCUCGACCGUUUCGCAAUGACCGGCCCGGAGAUGCAGUCGAAAUGAACGCUCGGCCUGCAGCAUCUGCAGCCGCGGCUGGCAGCAACAACGACAACCUCGACAUCGAACAGGGUCAAGCUCGACACGAACGUGGCGCAUCCGGCAGAUCCAUUCUCUCCAACAUCCACCUUCCGUCCCUUUCCAACCUUCGCCAGCGAGAUCGCGACCAGGAAAGAGAUCGACAGGAGCAGAGAGCGCAGAACACGGCCGAUGGAACUUUCAAUUCGGUUCGCGGAGGCAACCCUCUCGCUCACAUCUUGCUCCCGCCAACUGCGCCUCCUCCGUCUCGCAGCGCCGUCAAGAAGGCCAGAAACACUCGGCGAGAACGAGAGGAGGCAGCUACCCUCUUUGGUCCCAACCUCGCAAACUACUUCGGCAGCGGCAUCAGCAGCUCGGGCGCCGUCUCCAGUCAUGGCGCCGGCGUUCCUCAGCCUCCGGCCAUCGCCAGUCCCAUCUCGCCUACCGCGGGCAACGAUGAGUCCAACGCUGCGGCUUCGGGGAGCAACGCUCUCGACCAAGCUGCUGGCGCGGCGUCAGUGGAUGCCUCAUAUCCUCAGGGUUCCGUCGCUUCACGCCGCGCCCGUCUCGGCUCGCGUGGCCGUGCUCGAGGCGCCUCUCUCUCCGGUCUCAGCAUGAUGUCCCUCGGUGCAGAAUCGGUGACAUCGCUUGGCGGUGUCAACGCAGAACGUACCAACGACUCGGCGCAACCAGUAGGCAUGAUGCAAGGCUCGACCGCCGACCUCAUUGACCAGCUCAACCGCGAUGGUCCGUCGGCGGAUGGCUCCAUCGCCAUGAGCGAAGGCGUCGACAUUACCACCCUCCAACGCUGGAUUCAGCGCAGCACGGGCGUCGCUGAUGACGCUUCCAACGCUGCCGCGGCCACUCCCGCCACCUAUGGGCCUCCCGUCUGCACCACACUCCAGUCGUUCGUCAAUCUCAAGCGCAACACCCUCAAGCUCUCGGCAAAGUCGUCUACAGAGGGCAAGCCAUCCGAUGCGUCCGAUGCCAACCUGCUUCGUUCUCGAUCUUCCUUCUCGGUCCUACCCACGCUUCCUUACGCCAGCGGCGCCGCGCCAGCUGGGAGAGACAUCCUGCCAGAACCCACCCACUCGCUUUACUUCGAGUACGAUUGCGCUGCGCCCUAUGCGAGCGUCCAGAUCUUCAUCCGUGCCAGUCGCAAGCACGGCACCUGGAUCAACUGGACGCCGCCAUCCGCGACGAGUGCGGCGGAUCCACUCACAUCGCAGACCGACAAGGACGCAUGGCUGGCACAAUCCGGCCCGCCCCCGCACGUCCUGGGCUGGCCGGUCCACGUUGCCAAGAUCAAGAAGGGCUUUGGUAGUGCACACACCGCCAACAUUCCGCUUCAUCUUCAGUUCUACGCGCCACCCAAGGCGAAGAAGCUCGAACGCCCUGCCGCGGGUGGGGAAAGCGACAAGGACGCAGAUAAGCCUGGGGUAGCGUUCAAGCGAGCGCUCGAACCUCCGACACCGGUGGCCAUCCCGGAGACGCCAGGUUUCGAAUUCAAUCGACGUCUGGAGAUGGAUGCGGACGAUGCGGAGGAGGAUGUGCGGCCGGGGCGUGGAGCUAAUGCGGGUCAAGGUUCGCGCACCGACCCGCUGGGUGCCGCCGCCGCGCUCGGUUUUGAAAGCGGCAGCACCGCCCAACCACCGGUCGAGGAAGAGACCAAAGAACAGCGUCUCGCACGCGAAAAGGCGGAGCGCGAAACGCUCAAAGUGGCCAUCGUGGUCGAGGCGCUCGAUGAGAACGCACGACCGUUGCGUGAGCCCAACCUGCAGACCUCGUAUCUGCGACUCACCUCGUUGCCUGCCAAGAAGAGCGUGGGUGAGCGACUGGAGGAAUUGACGUCGCCGACGGAGGGCGAGGUGGGUCGGGUGUGGUCAUCGCAGGUCGAGGGGCAGGAGGCGGAGAUCGGUCCGCACAGAUUCCAGCUGCAGGAGCUGUAUGGGUUGUCGUCUAAGCCACCUGCGGUUGCGCCGGCGCCGGUGGAUGCAGGGGAUGGGGAGGAGGACGGGGCAGCGGUGCCACCCCCGCCUGUGGACAUCGAUGCGAGCAAUGGGUCCGAGUGUCUGAUCUGCCUCUCGAGCCCACCGACCACGUUGUUGUUGCCGUGCACGCACGGGUUGUGUCUGGAAUGCGCGGUGCAGUUGCGUGACUCGGUGGUUGGGAUUAGGGCGUCAGAGAGGAGAAGAGGAAGGACUCCGAGGAGGAAGUACGCCUGCCCCGUGUGCAGAAGGGCAUAUACGAGCAUGUUGCAUCUCAGCAAGGCGGAUGAGAAGGCGGUUGCGCAGCGAUAG